CUCUUCUGCAACUUUUUCUUGGCUUUUCACUUCCUUCUUCGUUCACAUCCCGACCCCCUCUCUCUCUCUCAUGAUCGGUUUCCCAUCUCAGAUGUAGAAAAAUACCAGGUCAGCACGUUUUUCGCGGUAAAAUACCAUAAGCCCUUUUUCUCUUUCCACAUGCUGGGGUCGCUAGGCCAUAAUCAAUUGCGAGGAAAUUGAAAAAUCUGGAUUGAUUCGGGGAUGGCAAGAAAAGGGUCGGUUCCUGAUUACGCGUUUAGCUUAGAAUCCUCUUAAAGCUCUGAUUUUUAUCGUUCUCGGGUUUGCUUGUUUGACUCUGAAGGCGUGCUGAUUUCAAGACCGGUCCUUUCUGGGGGCAGCCCCUUUUUUUCUGGAGAAGCGAAUUGAGAUAUGACCAAAGAAGUGCCGCCGGAGCCUCUCGAUUUCUUCAUUUGGACUGUUGAGGAUGUAGGUUUGUGGUUGGAAGAGAUAAAUUUGGGUGGCUACCGCCAAGUUUUCAAGGAAAAUGGUGUCAAUGGAGAAUAUCUUGAGAGCAUGUCUAUGUUCACGACUGAACAGAUCCUCCGGUUUAUUAGGCGGUGCCACAUGAAAUGGGGCGACUUCAUCACAUUAUGUAAAGAGCUUCGUCGGAUUAAGGUGGCGUGUCUAAAAGGGGAGCAGAAAGUGCGCCGGCCAUGGUGGGCUCCUUCUUGCCUUUCAGUUUUCUUUGUCAGGGUGGCGAAACGGAACAGGCAGUCUCGGGUUGUUUCACUCAAGCUGGAACCGUGAUGCAAGAUCAUCUAACUACUAAAUACGUACCUUUUUUCCUUUUCCCUUUUCCAGAUAAAGAUCAAACAAGUAGGGAUUGAGUAUUUUCUUUCUUAAGGUUGUAUGUAUCAUAUCAAGGUGUUAAGUUUUUUGCCUUCAGUUCUUCCUCCAAGAACUGUCCCCUAGGUAGAACCUGCUCUAUCUGUUUUCUUGCUGUCGUUCCUGUAAUUGUAUCGCUCUAGUUUGUGAUAAAAAAGGAUAUAAUGUCACAUAAACGUACAGCCUCGCUGCUGAGUGAGUUGUGGAUAAAUUUUCCCUUAGAAUGGCGCUCCACUUGUGCUGGCAGGGCCUCUUGUAUUUCUUA